AUGGCAAACUUGUAUGGCGCUGACAAAUGUCAUGGCACCAGUAAGGCAAUUUCUACCAGGUUAUUCGGCGAAUUGUGUCGGUCGAGUUUUACUUUGGAAAACCGCAGCACGAUAUUUCUGGACUACAAGAUAUGUGUGAGGAGCUUAAUAUCCAACGCAGGAAAAGGCAGUCCUACAAUCAAUGCGUUAGCAAUUAAACCCAAUAAAGGUUGUAUGGAUCCUUUAUCUUCAAUAAAAAUUGAGAUUGAAUUUCGGCCGAUGUUGCUCGGCGCUUUCGAGAUUAAAUUUGAACUACAAAAAAAGCAAGAAAUAAAAACACAAUGUAAUGAUGUAGGCGAUGAUAAACCAAAGAAUCAACUGCCCGAAUGGGAUAAAAAAAUCUUAUUAAAGGAGGACCGAGCUGCCGAGGCACUGACUCGUUACUAUGGAGUUAAAGAAAUCCUAUUACCGCCUCGAAAACUAGGAGAGAGAAUGCCAUCGUUUUUAAUAGAAUUUUAUAAUAGCCUCAUGAGUGAGAUGGCAUACGCUUUAUCAUCAGAAACAAUCGAGGAUAAAAGUGUUACUACGCUGAAUGACUCUGGCUAUGAAAAUAGAAUACGAGCAACAAGGAAGUCAUCUAGUACAUCAAAAUUAUCUGCUCCAGAAUCUUCAUCUCAACGAGAAUCAAAAAUCGAUCUGCAAAAAGGAUCCGACCGAUGGAAAGUGAAAAAAUCUACAAGUUAUUCAUCUACUUCCAUAGAAAGUGUAAAAAGAGAUUGCCUAUCUAUGUCAGUUUUUAAUGAACUUGAUUUUCCUCGUGAACCGCCAAUAUUGUCAACAAGCAAUUCUGAAAAACUGCAAAGUCUUCUCCUCUGCUACAUAGAGACUUUGCGUAAAGAUCCCAACUUAUAUGAGAAAAUGAGAGAUCCUGUGAAGGAUCUGUUUGAAAGUCCCGAAACGGUGUUGAUUCAAGAGCCUGGGUUCGACUCUUCGCAACCAGCCAAGAAAGUCUGCAUUAUUUUCCACGGUGCACCGUUCACUGAAUACCAGGAAACCGCGUGUAUAAGCGCUAAGAUAUUGCAAGUACCGCUACUAUAUAUAGAUAAUGUCAUUAUCGAAGGCAUCGCACUUGGCGACAAAUGGUUCUCUAUUAAGCUACGACAGAUCAUCGAUGAUGCCUAUCAAGAGUAUUUGUCAACAUUUAAAAAACAUAAAGACAUUUUGGAAAUUAAAUUGCCAGUGACAAGGAAAAUCGACGCAAAAGUUGUGGAACAUAAUCAAGAAACAACUGUAAGAGAAGAAUCACUUGAACCAAACCGAACAAAAUUACCGAAACAACAAAAAUCUUCGAAAACAAUUAAAUCCAAUUCAGAAACAGCAACAAAAAUUGAAUAUACUGAAAGCAAUGCUCAAGAAUUAAUUACUCUGUUUGAAAUGGAAUUCUCGAAACUUCCAACGGAACAGGAUUUGCAAUUUUUAGAUCCUGUGAGCCUCUAUGAAUGUAAAAUUCAGACAAUUUUGCUACUGCAAAGAAUUUUUUCUUGUUACUCGAUAGUUGAAUCGAAAGUCAGCAAGAAAAGUGCUGAGAAAAGCCAGAAUGAUAUUUUCCUCGAUAUUGAAAGCGGCCUGUUAAUCGAAGUUUUUCGAGAAAGAUUAUCCUCGCAUGAUUUCAAAAGCGGUUUUGUACUGCAAACUUUAAACAAUAUUUUCUUCAAGAGCGACGUUAUCACAUUACUCGUAUUGCUUAAUAUUGUUGGAUAUGUGGAAUACGCAUUGUUUGUAACUUUUUUAAACUCGAUGGAUACUUAUGUUCGAAAAAUGAAGAAACUGCACGAAUUAAAAGAAACUGCUAAAAAAAUUCAAGAAAUUGAUGAAAUGUCGUUAUCCGAAUAUGAGUUACUUGCAGAAAAUGAUAAAAAGUUCUAUCUGGAAUCAACUUUACCAAUAAAAAAACAGGAAGCGUUGCAAAGACGAAUGCAAUUUGUACAACAGAUGACGGAAAUGAGAAAAAGAAAAGUAUUCACUUCAAUAUAA